UUCUGCUGCUUAUCCGGGGAUGUCACACCGCUGCUAUUUUCUCCCCUCAGUCCCUCUCACUCUCAGCCUACAGCUCAAGCGGACUGACACGGGGCUUUGGAUAGAAAGAACGAACAAUAAGAUACAAAACAGAGGCCAAAAUGGCAGAGCUUGGAGCGGGAAGCCUGCCGUUAGGGGAUCCUGCUUUUAAUUACCAGGAACACGAACUGAACGAGCGACUGAAACGGCUCUACCCGGCUGUGAACGAGGAAGAGACCCCUUUACCCCGAUCCUGGAGCCCCAAGGAUAAAUACAGCUACAUUGGGCUGUCACAGAACAACCUGCGGGUCCAUUACAAAGGCCAUGGUAAGAACCACAAGGAUGCAGCAUCAGUGCGAGCCACACACCCGAUCCCUGCUGCCUGUGGGAUCUACUACUUUGAAGUCAAGAUUGUCAGCAAAGGUCGAGACGGGUACAUGGGCAUCGGCCUGUCUGCCCAGGGAGUCAACAUGAACAGACUGCCUGGAUGGGACAAGCACUCAUACGGUUACCAUGGAGAUGACGGCCACUCCUUCUGCUCCUCUGGGACUGGCCAACCAUACGGCCCAACAUUUACCACGGGGGAUGUGAUUGGCUGCUGCGUUAACCUCAUCAACAACACUUGCUUUUACACCAAAAAUGGCAUCAGUUUAGGUGUAGCCUUCACAGACCUCCCUCCCAACCUGUACCCUACUGUGGGGCUUCAAACUCCGGGCGAGAUCGUAGACGCUAACUUUGGCCAGCAGCCGUUUGUCUUCGACAUCGAGGACUACAUGAGCGAAUGGCGGGCUAAGAUCCAUGGCAUGAUCGCUCGCUUCCCCAUAGGAGAGAGGCUGGGGGAGUGGCAGGCCGUCCUGCAGAAUAUGGUUUCCAGCUAUCUGGUGCAUCAUGGGUACUGUGCCACUGCAACAGCCUUCGCCAGAGCCACAGAGACCAUGAUACAAGAGGACCAGACAUCUAUAAAGAACAGACAGAGAAUACAGAAGCUGGUGCUGGCAGGACGGGUGGGUGAAGCCAUAGAGGCUACUCAGCAGCUUUAUCCCGGCCUGUUAGAACACAACCCCAACCUACUAUUCAUGUUGAAGUGUCGUCAGUUUGUGGAGAUGGUGAACGGUACAGACAGCGAGGUUCGCUGCUUGACCAUUCGCUCCCCCAAGUCCCAGGACAGUUACCCUGGCUCACCCAGCCUCAGCCCCCGCCACGGAGCCAGCAACACACACCUGCACACCGGAGGAGCAGAUAGUCCAACCUGCAGUAACGGAGUGACUCCCCCCAACAAGUCAAAGAGCCACAGUGGUACUGGCAGCAGCAGCGUCAAAUACCCCAGCGUGUCCUCCUCCGCCUCCUCUUCCACCUCCUCCUCCCCUUCCUCCGUCAACUACUCCGAGUCCAACUCCUCAGACUCCACUAAGAGUCAGCCACACAGCGCCAACAGCACCCAGGAAACCAGUGACAGUGAGAUGGAGAUUGAGGCAGAGCACUAUACCAACGGGGUUGUCGAGGGCUCCUCAGCGCGGAUCAUGAAUGGCACAUACAAACACGAAGAGAUCCUUCAGCCGGACGACAACAGCAUUGGCAAUGGAGUCACAGAUGAGGGUUGUAGUAAUGGCAGACAGCUUUGUGGAGGGAACCAGGCAGCCACAGAGAGGAUGAUCCAGUUUGGACGGGAGCUGCAGGCGCUCAAUGAACAGCUGUGCCGCGAGUACGGCAAGAACGCCACACACAAGAAGAUGUUACAGGAUGCAUUCAGCCUGCUAGCGUACUCUGACCCGUGGAACUGCCCCGUGGGCCAGCAGUUAGACCCUACGCAGAGAGAAUCCCUCUGCUCCGCACUCAACAGCGCCAUACUGGAGUCCCAAAAUCUGCCUAAGCAGCCUCCGUUGAUGUUAGCGCUCGGCCAGGCCACAGAGUGUGUUCAGCUCAUGGCCCGAGUCCGGUCUGGUUCCUGCUCCUUCGCCAGAGUAGACAACUUUUUGCACUAGCCCAGGUCCAGGUUAAUGUUAAGUAGCACUGAGAGAAGGCAUGUCCAGCAGGUAGUUGUCAUGGCGACGGAGGAAAGAGCAUGCGUGUGAUUGGUGUGUUUGGCUGUCCGUCAGACCGAGCCAGCGGCACAGAGGAGCAGAGGAGAGCGGGAGAGAAGAAAGCUUCCUUUUAAUUUAGUAUUAUCAAAUAAAGAAAUGUGUGACACUAUUUAAAGAUAAUUAAUUAUUAUUCUGUUUAUCUAGCCAUUUUUAUAGUUCAUUUUUUUGUCAGUUUGUUGUGCUCAUCCUGGACAAAAAAAAUUGUAAAUCCCCCCCUUUUUAUUUUUUUCUUAUGUUUUAAUAAUGGGUGGAUUUUAAUUCCCUACGAUCAGUAUUUUACUCGCAUUGUUGUUGUUCACCAUAUCACAGACCACAGUACCCACAUCUGGUUACCACGGUGACCCCCAUGACUACAGGUCACAAAACCUGAGGUCUAUGAACAUCAUCUUUGUUAAGAUACAGAAGACAGACAGACUGAGUCCUUUACCCCAAAAAAUACAUUAAAAAAAACCAAUUGUGGAUUGUGUGGAGCGGAUCAUUAGCUCUGGUCAAGGCUGAUGCGACACAGUCAUAAAAACAACCACUGAUAUAAAAUAGAAAAUAGACUGAUGUGAGAAAAGUGGUUCCUUAAAUUAUUCCAGAAAGUUGGAAAUAAAAAUUAAGUAAGGGAAUGCUUCGAAUAUAAAAGACUUUGCGCCAUAGACGCAUAAUGAAAAAAAAACAUCAUCCUUGGAAAAAACAUACUUGAAGGGUCUCUGUAGUGGAGAACCAGGGAGAAAUGGUAAUGACAAGGCAUUUAAUUGGAAUAUUAGAGGUGUUGGACCCUUAAUUUUAGUGUAACAACCACAGCAUCGUCCAAUCAGUGAUGUCGUUGCAGGUGGCAGAGCUCAGCAGCAGCUGCAGCUCCAACACCUGCUCUCAAGACCCAACAUAACAUUGUUAUCAUGGUCGCCUUGAUGCCAGCAUAAAGAAAAUCAGUUUCAAAGGCAGACUAACAAGCACAGUGUGUGGACGGCCAAAAGUCAAGUCACCCCUGGGGAUUUCAUUACUUUUUUUUUCUCACAUUGUCCACUGCCUUUCCUGCGCUGUGCAUAUGCUGUCGCAAUUACAGUUUUCAAAAAAAGAGUUGAAAUAAUUUGCCAAACCAGAAGAUUUUUUUUUUCUUCAGGGUGAUAAUUGUGAUUGUGAUAAGUAAGCCACAGUAUUUCUUUCAUUUGGGGCAUUUGAUUUCAAACCUCUCAAAGGUUAUUAGGCCAGCUGUGUGUGCGUUGGAACAGGGCUUUUUCCCCCAACUCAGAUCCCUCCAUUUCACCCAUAAACUUCACUUGACUAUAUCCUACCCGCUAUUGAACAGGAGGACAUAGACAAGUUUAUUUCUGUGGCCCACAACCACAUGUUUGUCCAAACUUUUUAUUGUUCAGUUUUUCCCAUUAGAUGAAACCACAGUGCUCCUGUUUAUGGAAUCAGAUCAGUUGUACAAAAAAAACACAGAUACCACUUCUAGCCCCCAACAGCAUGAAAUUACAGCUACAGCGUCUUUUGACAACCACCUCUUGCUGACAGUCACGUUGUAUUGAGCCUCAAAGUGUUAAAUAUUAAAGGUCAAGUGUGUAGGAUUUGAUGUCCCGCUUAGUAUAGAGACAACAAUUCUUAGUUUCAGGUGAAUAUAAAAAUUAGUUAUGAAUAUUAUAUUUCAUUGAUGCCAGUUUAUCUCCCUAUAUCCUACACCUUGGACCUUUUCAGUGACUGAAUAAUACAUUUUGAAAUAAAUAUCAUCUGAAUAAAUGGAGUAAAAAUUAUAUAAUUGAACCAAUAAAUUGUGAAAUAAUUAAUGUCCAUAUGCUGGUCUAUAGAGUGUUCCAGGGAUGACAUCUUUCUGUAGGCCAACAAGGAAGUAAGCGUUGCUCUCGUUCCCUUGUCAAAAAGCCUAUGGAAUUUUGGAUUAUUGCAGAAAAAAACUCUGUGGGUAAUUAAUACUUACAGCAAGAUACAACAAGAUAAUCGUCACAAAUGAACGCCACGUUUAUGAUUUUUGGAGCCUAAAUGCAAUCAGCAAAAACAAAAAGCUAACGUUUUGCUAUAAACAAACUACAUGUCGCAGGACUUAUAUGUUGCUGCCACAACUAGGCUGUAAAGCCAUGGUUGGCAUGAUGACGUUUGGUUUAGCCACUUGUUAGCAACCGUCUUUUUUAAGACGCAUAAAAGCUUUAAAAUUCAGGAGUGGGUUAUUAACUGACAUAUUUCAGUUCAAGUGUGAGAAUCUGUUGAGCUUGUGUUAACCACAGACUUUAUUUCAGGCAUCUAACCAAAAACCCAUUUACUUUGAGGCAAGGAAACCAGGAGUCCUAAAAUGAUAACUCUUUUCCAGGGUUUGCAGGCCCCCAGUAAUGCUGCUCAGCCUUGCAGCCAGUUUUUCCCCAGUGGCCACUUGCGGUAUUGCAGCAAAAAAAAAAAUUCCCUGCAUUUUCCCCACUACUACAUAUAUUCAAUGGGAAGGAUACUGCAGAAGUAAACCCAGGAGCUUGAAAACUUUUUCGUCAUAUGCACAAGAUGGCAUAAGCACCAUCUUGCCAUAUAGUGUCUAGGUUGUAUUAUUAAUCUAUGAAAAAGUCCCACUCCUUACAUAGAUAUAAAAGGCUCAUUCUAAGAUAACAAACAUGACGAAUCUUAGUGUCAGGUGAUUAUAAACUAAUGAAAACAAUUAUGUUUCAUUCCUGCCAAUUUAUCCCCCUAAAUCUGCCAAAAUUUAGCUAGCUAGCUAGCACCUAUUAGCUAAUAGAUAACUUACUAGCUAGUAGCUAACUUACUAGCAACUUAGUCAUUUUUAAUCAACCAACUAGUUGCUGCUCUUUGACACACUGCACAGUAACUACUUGUUAGAUUUUUUUUUGUUUAACGUAACAAGGCUACAUAUGCUACCUACCUAGCCAGCUAACUCCAGGCUCGCUUGUGAGCUUGGGUUUAUUAUUUAGCAUCAAAGUGAAGAGCUAGUGUUAGCUGCAGUAGCUAACAUUGUCUGGUUAAUUCAGAGUACUUUAGACAGUGUUGUGAUUCAGGAAAUAUCCCUAACAUUAGCUCCUGAGUUGAGUUUUGAAAAUGUCUCAUAUUUCACAGUUCAUUGGCUCUCUUAAAUGUGUUUCAGAUUAUUUAUUUCACAAUGUGUUAUUUAUUUAUGUUAUAUUGGAGUUUAGUAUUGGAUUAUUAUUUUUGACAUUUUAUUAUAAUCAUCAGCUUUCUGUCUCUGUAUCUUAACAGAUGAUUGUUCAUUGCAAAAUUACAGAUUGGGCUCAACUUCACCUUAUGUCUAGACCAAUGAUUGGAUUUUGAUCACAAACCUGGUUUGUUCCACACCUUAGUUUUAUCUGAAACAUUUAGAGUCUUUUGUUUUUACACCAGACCUAUUUCCUACCAAAUAGCAAUGACUUAAUGUUGUCUGACCAGUGGCGAUCUGUCACUUCGGCUGCUUUGUUGUGACCUGGCAAAUGGCUUGUGGAUCCAUCCUGAAGUGUAUAUUUCCAUUUAUAAGAGAAUUUCAGUCUAUGGUAGAGAAAUAUGGAAUGAUAUAAUACUGGAGAUGUGUAUAUGCAAUGUGGGGUUUACUACAGGGUAUGUGGACAAACUUUUUACCGAGUUGGUUUUUAUACAGACCUUCUGCUAUAAUAGGAACUAUUCUAAUAACCACACAUACAGUACACACACGACAUCUGCUUCUACAGCUGUAAAGGACUUCUGUUACACACACACACACACACACACACACACACACACACACACACACUUGUACGUGAAAGAACAACCUCUGUUGCAUACCUGUAGGGAACAAGUCUCCCAGCUGUCCUUUGUGUUUGAGCCUGGGCUGCGUCUCAGCACUGUUACCACGCACCCUUCCUCUAAUCCCUGCAUAGACAUAAGCACUGAUGUGAUCAGUGAUUGUUUCAAGGAAAGGAUGAAUGUGAACAGUUUUGGAAAUGGGCCCGAGGCCUCUGAAGCCUCAUGGACUUCUUGCAGAGAGACCGGAGAAAUGGAUUUAGGCAUCGCAGACAAGCUGUGCACAAUUGACUUCUAUCAUGAUUUUAAUUUCAUAUUUUGACUUUUGAGUUUUAGCAAAAAAUAAAAAGUAAAAAAAAAACAAUUGUGAAAUGAGUUACCCUCUACUUAGCAUGACUUUUAAAACCUUUAAAAUGAUAUAAAAAAGGAAAAAUGAUAAUUGAAAAAAAAAACCUAUGUACUGGAAACAUGUUAAAAAAGAAAUAUUGUAUUCUGUUUAAUUUUGACAGAAUUAUUUUUAUUAAAAUACAUCCAUAAGCAUA